AUGAAAGAGAGUGAACCUAAGGAGAGCGAAGUUGUUGCACAAGAAGAACGAGUGCAACCAAUGGUGAAACCACCUUCUCCAUUCCCUCAAAAGUUCAAGAAACAGAAGGAGGAGGAAUGUUUUGGUAAAUUUCUCUCUCUUUUAAAACAAGUUCACAUUAACUUGCCAUUGGUAGAUGUUUUGCAGGGUAUACCUAGCUCUGAAAUCCAAAAUAAGUUGCCCACUAAACUAAAAUAUACGGGUAGCUUUACAGUUCAGAUCACUAUAGGGCAGAGCAUUCAUGCGCUAGGAUUGUGUGAUCUAGGAACUAGUAUUAAUUUAAUGCCAACUUUGUUAUACAAAAAUCUGGGGUUGGGUAGUCCUAAACCUACUACCAUCAUCUUACAGUUGGCUGACAGAUUUGUUGCUAGGCCUGAGGGUGUUGUAGAGGAUAUUUUAGUGCAAGUGAGAUCGUUGAUAUUCCUAGUAGACUUUGUUGUGUUGAAUUUUGAGCCAGGUCCUGAGGUCCCAUUCAUCUUAGGAAGACCUUUCUUGUCUACUAGGCGGGCUAUGAUAGAUGUAGCUGAUGGGCAACUCACUAUGCGGGCCCAUGAUAAAGUGGAGGUGUUCGACGUGUACAAGGCAUUAAAGUUGCCAGUUGUUUAUGAGGAGUUGUCUGCCAUAAUUAUGAUAGAUCUUAAGGCAGAGGCUCGAUACAUUGCAUAUAAGGACCUUUUAGAGCAAGUGUUAGUAGGAGAUGAUAUCUAUGGGGAUGCUGAGGCACAUGAAAUGGUGCAAUAUCUUGAUGUGGCACUUGUAGGUACAUGA